AACUUAUUUCUUAAUAAUGUUCAUUAAAUUAAAUCAUGAACAAUAAUUGUUUUUCCAGAAUUUCCCAAUUAGAACUAAAGCAACAGAUAGACUCCUUGAAUGAAGAGCUACAGAAUGUGCGAGAGGCUCUGAACAACCACCCUGACCUGGACCCCUAUGUGAAGAAGCUAAUAUCUUGUAAACACAAAGUUACUGUUGCUUUGAAUGUGUUACAAGCAUCACAGGAUAGACUGAAUGAAAUUAGACGGAUGGUGAACAAAGAGAAGAGUGUUAGAACAACUGUUAUCACUGAGCCACCUCCAGAGCCUGAGCAGGGCACCAGCGGAGUGGUCUCCGAGAAGGGAAGCAUUAACUAGCAACAUGGAGACCCCAUACCAAAACCAUAUCAACAAAGCUGACUUUGACCAUGUCUACGAACCAGCCGAGGACAGCUUCCUACUCAUUGACGCCUUAGAAAAAGAUCUA